GACUCAUGUAAGUACGCAUUUUGUUGUGGUAAUAGACACGACUUUCGUUAGUAGUGAGAGUGACGAUCUUGGUUAUAUCUGUAACGUUAGAUCUUGUAUGAGAUGAUUUAGGUAAAUGCAUAGUGUUGUUGUCCUUAAACCUAUGUCUCCAAGUUGUAUGACGUGAUGUCAUGUAUUCCAGAAACGGCAACAUGGAACUCAAGAGAGAUAUGUUUGUUUCUAUUAUUUGAGUAAGAAGAUGCUCGAAUAGUGCAAUUAGACCGUAUUGAGUGCGGUGGUAAAGGCCAUAAUUGAUUUGCUGAUUUAGCGUAAUCAAUAGUUUAUGAGUCUUCGAUUAACUUUUAUGAAAAGACAUUUUAAACUGAGUUAUUUUAAAACACGUUACCGUGAAGAUUUAUUCUGCGUUUUGAAGCCAGAAUCUUCAGCCAGCCACUGUAAGUCUAUCGCAGCUUUACUAUUCUCAAACCUUAAGUAUUGAAUAUGGACAAACUCACCGUGUAUCAACUGAAAUGUGAGCUAAAGGCCCGCGGGAGAGGGACCACAGGGAAUAAGGCUGAUCUGGUUGCUUCGCUGCGUGAUGCAUUAGACGAAGAAGGAAUUGAUUUUGAGAGUUGGGCUGAAUUUGUCCCAAGUAAGGCCGCUGGGAUAUUUAACGCAAAUGAAAACAUGCCCCAAGCUAGUGCCGCCUUACCGAGUGGGCAACGAAGGAAUACCGUCGAAAUUACUGGAAGUGGCGAAGCUCCUCAAAUAAGCGAUACUAUUUCUAUCCAAACAUCUGCAUCGGCCGCUGAAAUGACAAGGUUAAAAUUGAUAGAAGAAGACGCGCUUCGUGCGGGCUUAGAAGCACAGCUGAAAAUUGUGCUAGAAAAACAGGAGUUAGAUAGAAAGAUGUCUGAAUUGGCAAGACAGAAGGAAAUUCUUGAAUAUACAGAGGCUAUAGAAAUUUCUAGAGCCAAGGUGAGGGCGCUAGGUAGACAUGAAGACCAUGAAAUAGUUGAAUCGAAUCGCGACAAAGAGACCCCGAGAUCGAUAUCGAAUGCUACGAACGACACGAACACGACAAACCGAAGGAGCCACGACGGCCAUCUAAAUACUGAGAGCAGCAAUAUUGCAGGACUGUUGAGACGAGAAAGGGAAAUAACUGCUGGGUUGAUGCGCUUGCCGCCUGUUGAAUUGCCCAAAUUUGGAGGUGAUGUUACUGAAUUUCCUCAUUUCAUGAAGGCAUUUAACCUAAAAAUUGCCUCAAAGCUGUCCACCGACGAAGAAAGAUUAUUUUAUUUAGAGCAGAAUAUGAUUCCAGAAAGCAAGCCACAUAGUAUCGUUACAGCUUGCUUAUACCUGGAUAACGGCUACGAAGAAGCUAAGAACCUUCUCACACGACGGUACGGUUCAGAGAGCGUUUUGGCAGCGGCAUUUGUUGAUCAAUUUGAAAAUUUAUUGCAGUUGAAACCAGACGAUAUUGAAGGGUUAGACCAUUUUGCACUGGAGCUUAUGAAGUGCAAGAAUGCCUUUGGUGUAAAUAGCGCAGCCAUGAGUGACCCCAGAACCCUGAGGAGUAUAAGCGCCAAGUUACCCGUUCACUCGCAACACAGAUGGCGACAUCGAGCCGACUCCAUUAAUGAAAAUGAGGGUAGAGCAGUGGUGUUUGAUGAUCUAGUGAACUUCGUUGUACAGGAGGCAAGAGUUGCAACCAAUCCUGUGUUUGGAAAUCGUGGGUCAAAUGCAACUGUAAGGCAAAAUAACUCUGUCACUGUGGGCAGAUUUCGUUCAAAACCGCUGGUGGCCGCGACACGGAUGGUUAGUGCCGGAGCAAGCCCAUGUAUUCACUGUCAAGAUAAGGGGCAUGAACUCACCGAUUGUAGUUGCUUUGCGAAGUUGCCACACCAGGACAAAAUUGCCAUUAUUAGGGAUUCAGCGCUGUGUUACGGCUGCUUGAAGCAAGGCCAUCGCAGUACUGACUGUAGACGACGAGCUAGCUGUUCCAUUUGUGCUUCCCGACAUCCUACAUCUCUCCAUAUCAAUAGAUCAGGAGGCAACAGUGAAAGAUCAGAAAAUGGUGUCCCAAAUGUAACAUCUUGCACCACGAAAGGUGGUGCAUCCGUCUCAUUUAGACCGGCUCUCCCGAUCGUCCCUGUUGUCCUACAUCACGGUCUUGAAAGGAAAUGUACACUUGCUUUUCUGGACAGCGGAUCAACUCAUUCAUUUAUUUCAGAAGGAUUGCUUAAAACUUUGAAACUACAGAGCCUGCCACAGACCAGACUAUCGCUGACAACAGUUGACAGAGAAGUUAGCAUCACGACACGAAUAGUCAACGGAGCUUGGUUGUCGGACGAGAAUGGUGGGAACAUUUUAGAGCUGCCUCAGUUGUUUUCUCUCGAAAAAAUUCCAGUGGACUUUGCUGAUUUUCCUACUCAAACUGAAAUAAGUAAAUGGAAACAUCUGGAAGGGGUCAAACUAGAUCUGUGCCAAAAUGAAGAAGUUGAACUUUUAUUGGGCUCCAACGCCUUUUUAGCCAUGGAACCAUUAGAAGUGGUGACAAGCAACGGAGAGGGUGGUCCUUUUGCCGUGCGAACAAGAUACGGAUGGGUUGUGAGCGGUCUCCGUGGGGUAUCAUCACCAUUUCCAGCGAAAUGUUACAAAACACUGGUACAUCCUGAGUUGCAACACCUUGAAGGGCUUGUAUAACAGCUAUACAACAAGGAACAUGAAGAAAAUCUACAUUCAAAUAAAAUGGGACCAUCUGUUGAGGACAAGAAAUGGGAGAAAUUCGUUCACGCGUCAACUAGACUGAUUAAAGAUCAUUAUGAGGUGGGACUACCGGUUGUAGAUGAAGGGCUGAUUCUGCCAAAUAACAGGAAUAUGGCGGCAAGCAGGCUACUGAGCUUGAGAAAUAAGCUUAGGCGGAGUGAUAAAUUGGCGUCCGAUUACAAGCUAUAUAUGAAAAACAUGUUGCAAAAUGGUUUCGCAGAGCCCGUACCAAAUGCCGAUUUAUCCAGAAAUGAUGGUAAGGUAUGGUAUCUUCCACAUCACGCCGUUCAGCAUCCCCAAAAACCGGACAAGGUUCGCAUUGUAUUUGAUGGCGCCGCAACCUUUAAAGGAAUCUCUUUAAAUGACAAUCUUUUGCAGGGACCAGACCAAACGAAUGCACUUUUAGACGUGUUGACCAGAUUCCGUAUGGAGAACAUAGCUUUCA